UGUAUAAUAAAAUAUUUUUAUCACUCAGCUUCAGUCGAACCAUUGAAUCUGCAUAUAUACACAGACCUAUAUGCAAUUAAAUUGUGUUUUUUGAUUGAAAGUUGUGGCUUGAAAGCUUCUGAGUUUUGAAUUUCUGGGUUUGAUUACUGUGUAAAGUUGAAGAAGAAUGAAGAGUGAAAUUUUGGAUGAAAGCAAGUUUGAUGUGAAUUUGAAGUUGUGGGCAAUUCGAAUCCCUCGUGAACUGUGCAAGGUCGCCACUCGGAUUCUAAAUGGAUACUUGCUUGACAGAGCCCGCAUCAAACCCAUCACUGAAGAUCCAACAUGUGAAAAAAACCGUUACAUGAUAUUAUCUGAAAAGGUUCAGAAUUCUGAUUUAUCUGAUAUUCCUGGCGAAAAACUUGAUGAACUAAAAGAGCUAUGCAAAAUUGAAGUAGUCCCCUACUCGUUGACACUCGGAUAUUCCUAUUGGGGUGCAGAUCAUGUGUUGAAGCAGAUUCUGCCACCUGGACUUGAGGUACCUUCAUCUUUUGAAACAAUAGGUCAUAUUGCUCAUCUGAAUAUCACCGACGAACUGCUUCCUUACAAAGACGUUAUCGCGAAGGUUAUCUAUGAUCUUUUCCCCACAUUCAAAACAUCAGGCGCGCUCCUUGAGGUACAGCUGCGCGUGCGGGAAAUUCCACCACACAUGCGGCGAGGUUCCGCACAUGUGGGAAUGGGCCUUCGCACAUGCAAUUUCCUUAGGCUCUGUUUGGCUGCGAUGGAUGGGCUGCACAAAAAUCAUCCCAGGAUCAAAACAGUUGUUAAUAAAGUUGGAUCUAUUACCAAUGAGUUCCGUGUGCCAAAGUUUGAGGUACUGACAGGAAUAGAUGACAUGGUUACUGAAGUGAAGCAAUAUGGUGCAACAUUUAAGCUUGAUUACAGCUUGGUCUAUUGGAAUUCAAGAUUGGAACAUGAACAUAUAAGGCUGGUUUCUCAGUUCCAAGCAGGGGAGACCAUUUGUGACAUGUUUGCUGGUAUUGGUCCGUUUGCUAUUCCAGCUGCACAGAAAGGAUGCCUGGUGUAUGCAAAUGAUUUAAAUCCAGAUAGCGUUCAUUAUUUGGAGAUUAAUGCAGAGAUUAACAAGGUCAAUGAUCUAGUCUGUGCAUACAAUAUGGAUGCAAGGAAAUUCAUACGUCAAUUGAUGGCGGUACCUGCUUCUGAGGUUGAUAAAAAAUCUGAUGUUCCCUUUCUUGAAGCUCCGGAGAAAUGCUGCGUACAGGCAAAUGGGGAAAAGGAAUCUCAGGACAUAAAGCUGGCAGUUGAGAUCGAAGAAGUACAAGGUAACAAGUCGACCAACGUGGAGGGUGUUGAACGCUCAUGUAUGAAUCCAGAUGCAGGUGUAGCUGCAGGUAAACGGCAUUCUGAAAGUCGUCGGGAAGCUGAUAGGUUAAGACGAGGCACAAAUAAGCGAAUGAGAGGCUCUGAUUCAUUCAAUGCUAAGCCCUGCGAGCAUCUGAACCACAUAAUAAUGAAUUUACCUGCUUCUGCCCUACAAUUUCUUGAUGCAUUUAGAGGCCUUAUCCAAAGGAGAUACUGGAAAGGUUCUCUACCUUGGAUUCACUGCUAUUGCUUCAUGCGCGCAAAUGAGACCGAAGAAUUGAUAAUUUCGGAGGCAGAGUCUGCCUUGAAUGCCUGUAUACGAGAUCCAAAAUUUCAUAGGGUUAGAGAUGUUGCUCCAAACAAGGCAAUGUAUUGUUUAAGCUUUAGGUUGCCGGAGGAAGUGUGCUUCAAUAAAGAAGUCACCAACUCAGUCCAUUCUGUUGGUGGGGAAUGAAAAGAACUAAAGAAUUCAAGUCUUUGGGGGUCAUGGUUGAAUCAAUGCAGAGGGCCUUAUUCCUUCUACCUGACACAAAAGCAAGCAUAGCAUAGGUAAGCAGAAAAGAUAGACAAGCUUAGGUUAGAAAAGAAAUACUGUCCUAUUGUAUUUAUCUUAGUAUUUUUUUUCAAAUAUUUAAAUGGAUGUGUUUUAUUCACUCUUGAGAUGUGGAGUGUUGUUAAUCUAUCUACCUCCAAAUGUUCUCGGUUGUAGUGCUUCAAGUUAGAACUGUUGCUUAGUUCAGUGUAUUUGAGUUACAUGAUGUCAUUUGACUUAAAUGUGAAAACAUAUGUUGUUUUGGAUGUUUUAGGUUGGAAUGAGAGAAAUAGUUGUCAGUGAUCUUCUUGUCAAA